AUGGCAGCCCUAAGUGGGCUCCUCUUCACUUACUCCUUCUCCCCAAUCUCUCCAGCACUGUUUUCCAUUUCCUUCCCUUCCAGAGUCUGCGCUUAUCAGUCCGGUACUCCUGUCCUCAGAGUGCCAGGCCAGCCAGGCCAGCUCCACAUCCUCCUCCACAAGACCAAGCUGAAGUCUGCUGGUUCAUCUGUUGAUGUUACACAGUUUGAGCUCGAGCUCCUUAUUCCUUGCCGGCUUCCCUUUUUUGAGUUCCAGUGGAGUGGUACUCUUGUGACAUUAUAUGAAGUCGUAGGAAUAGUGGCCCUGGUGCUAAGUAGAAAUACCAUGGUUAUGGCACUAAUUUAUUGGGCCUACCAGCCCAGGUGUGCAGCACCCCUUUCCCUCACCCGGUUGAUAAGAAAGACACCAGAUGAGAACUGGACUGAUGACCAACUGCUUGGUUUUAAACCAUGCAAUGAAAACCUUAUUGCUGGCUGCAAUAUAAUCAAUGGGAAAUGUGAAUGUAACACCAUUCGAACCUGCAGCAAUCCCUUUGAAUUUCCAAGUCAGGAUAUGUGCCUUUCAGCUUUAAAGAGAAUUGAAGAAGAGAAGCCAGAUUGCUCCAAGGCCCGCUGUGAAGUCCAGUUCUCUCCACGUUGUCCUGAAGAUUCUGUUCUGAUCGAGGGUUAUGCUCCUCCUGGGGAGUGCUGUCCCUUACCCAGCCGCUGCGUGUGCAACCCCGCAGGCUGUCUGCGCAAAGUCUGCCAGCCGGGAAACCUGAACAUACUAGUGUCAAAAGCCUCAGGGAAGCCGGGAGAGUGCUGUGACCUCUAUGAGUGCAAACCAGUUUUCGGCGUGGACUGCAGGACUGUGGAAUGCCCUCCUGUUCAGCAGACCGCGUGUCCCUUGGAUAGCUACGAAACUCAAGUCAGACUCACCGCAGAUGGUUGCUGUACUUUGCCAACAAGAUGCGAGUGUCUCUCUGGCUUAUGUGGUUUCCCCGUGUGUGAGGUGGGAUCCACUCCCCGCGUAGUCUCUCGUGGCGAUGGGACACCUGGAAAGUGCUGUGAUGUCUUUGAAUGUGUUAAUG